UAUCCAUGUUAUUCUUUUAGAAAAAAAAAGAAAAAAAAAGAAAAUCUUAUCGAUGUUGGCUCACACCGCAGCUUUGCCAUCGUUUAGCAUAGUCAGAAUGGGCGGGAGGGCGCGGCCGGCCAAGCGGAGCCAGAGCCAGAGAAGCAAUGCCGGCUUUGGUGGGGGAAGAAAAGAGCAGCUGUGGCACUGCGUAGAGGGCUGCGGAGCCUGCUGCAAGCUUAACAAAGGCCCUUCUUUCGCCACUCCUGACGAAAUUUUCGACGACCCUUCUGAUGUUCAGCUUUACAGAAGCAUGGUUGGACCAGAUGGAUGGUGCAUACACUAUGAGAAAAGUACUCGCAGAUGCUCUAUUUACUCCGAACGUCCAUAUUUCUGUCGUGUGGAACCUGAUGUGUUUGAGACGCUAUAUGGAAUCUCCAAGAAGAAAUUCAAUAAGGAGGCUUGCAGUAGCUGUAGGGACACCAUCAAAGCAAUUUAUGGUCCUCAUUCUAAGGAGUUGGAUAACUUCAAUUGUGCAUUAAGGAGCUAAUUCCCUCAUUUACAUUUUGCAAUUUUGACUUUGGUUUUUUCAUGAAGCUUAGAGAGUUUAUUUGAGGUACUAAUUUUUCUUUGAUGGAAAAUAUUUGUCUGCUACAGUGGACAAUAAAUAUAUGUGUAUAUAGAUUAACAGGCUUUAAUCUAUAGUUUGAUUUUGGUUCAUUCAUGACAGCCCUUGAGGCAUCAAUUUCGUUUGAUAGAAAUAGUUCAGCUGUAGUAAACAAUAAAUAGAGAAGGGCAGCUCUGCUCAAUGAUAUUGCUUGUAUGAUUACCUUUGGCUAAUUGAAAGUGAGGAGAAACAUUCUCACUUCACACCUUUAGAUACUUUUCUCCUCGAUACUCAAUAGAAAAUACUCAUUUUGCUUAUUUAUGAAAACAUGUAAUUCAUAAGAACAUUCAUACACACAUUCAUCUGGGGUACUCUUUAAAGAACUUUGUUAUAGAGCUAAGUGGAGAUAGAGAGUGAUAGCUAUGUGGAGAUAGAGAGUGAUAGAGAGGUGUGCUUUAAUACACUACCACAUAUUCUGACUUCAUUCUUUAGUGCUUUUGUAUCUUUCUAUACUAUUCUUUCUCUUUUAGAUGACAAGGCUUUUUAUCUAUGCAACCUUUACUUCAAUUAUGCUUCUCCAUUUACCUUUCACUGCAAUCAUCCAUAUCAACUCCGUGACCACUUCUCUUGUCAAGCAGCUUUACCCUCUUUGCUGCCCCUGUGAAUUAAGCUCCACUAGCUUCUCUACUUGUUGCUCCACUUGGUAUUAUUGUCUUGGCAAUUUUAUCAGAAUAAACACCAUCUUUUGUCAUGUUCCUUUGGCCAAAGUCAUCGCACUCACUAAAUGAAGACACCGUUUCAUCUCAUAUUUGACAGGGAGAUUUCCAUCAACUUUUAUUAAGCACCAAGGCCAUUGGUUUAAGACGGCUAAGUUUGUCCCUUAGCAAUAUGUGCCUUUUCAUUGUGCUGAAUUUAGCAAUAUGAACCCUUAUUUGUCUGCUUUUUUUUUUUAUUUUAAGCAUUUCUCUCUAUUAUGCUCAGCUCAGGAUGUAUUUAGUUUCUAUGGGAAGGAAGAGUGGAAUUACAGUCGUGUGAUUAUUUCAUCUGUGAUUGUUUAUUAAGUUGUAUACAUUUCAGAGUUCAUUUUUUUGUGCAAAUUAAGAAUUUGUCAUGUUUUAUAGAAGUGAUGAUUAUUAAACAAUAAGUCUCUAACCCUGUUCAGGAAUAUAAAAAAAUCAACCAAAACUAGAAAAGGGGAAGAAAAAAAAGUCACACCACUUAAGUGGUUCUUUUCAAUGACUGGAAAGAAAAGAUUGAAUGAGAUGCUCAAAACAACCAUUUUCCUUUGUCUGAUUCCUUCCACACGUUUUCUACUAUUGCCUUUUCAAUUAGAAAAGAGAUUCUAUAGAGCUUUUCCAAAGCUAUGAACAUGAUGCUACUCUGACCGAUGAAGACCAUAUCGCAUCUGAGGACUCUUUCUACAGUUGCCCUUUUUUCAACUCCAGUGAUUAUCAUCAAGAUGAAUUGCUCCAUGCCUUAAUUCCAUCCUCAUGUAGGGAAGAAGCUUUCUCUGCUACCAAUCCCUGGAAUGAGAAUGUGGAAACCGAAGAGGCUUAUGAGGGAGAACAACAGCCUCCUAACAGCUGCUAUGGAAACUGGCUGAGCAAAUACCAGUCUGUUUUCAAUGGUUGUUGGGAAGAGAAUUAUGGUUCAGUUGGGAAUGAGAAUGACAACGGUUCGGAGAAUUCUGAACAGGCCAACCCAAAUCAUCAAGAACAGAACAAUAGACAUUUUACUCAUCAAGAUGAAGAUGGAGAAUACUAUAAUCCAUGGUCUGAUUCAUGGUUGGAAUAUGGUUUUGAGAAUGAUUGUUCUAACUAUGGUGGAGAAGAAGACAAUGCCGCCUAUAGCAGUGGCCUACCUGAAGUUGGAGUCUGUGAAGGUUUGUUUGGCUAUUGGCCUUGCUUGUAUCGUACAACAUGAUAAAAAAUGCAUGAUUAUGAAUAAACUUGAGGAACACAAAAUAAAGGGAAAAUCCAUUGAAGGAAGGAAAAGAUGAAGAAUCAAAUACCAUUUACUUUUUUUUUUAGCUUAGUUUUGUUGUUUUGUUUAAUCUAUGUUGGAGUAGCUGUAGAGUGACAGUCAAAGCAAUGUAUGGCUCAAAAAAUUCAAAGGAUUUGGUUAACUUCUACUGCUCAAUAAGAAGCUAAAGAUUGAUCAAUGGUGAGAGGUAGACUCUUAUUAUUUUCAUUAAAAUAAAAAUGGUGAGGAAUUCUUUCA